AUGGUGCCUCCACUCAUCACGCUGGAAGAACACUUCUUCUCCACCGCCAUGCUCACGGGGUCAAUAAGAUCCUACUCCGAACAACUGAAGCACCUCCCCGGUUUGUCUGAGAAGCUCGCCGACCUGGGGGACCUGCGCCUACAGUCCAUGGAAGCAGGCAAGGUGUCUCUCCAGAUCAUCUCCCACGCCCCCGGCCCAAUGUCCGCAGACCAAUGUCGAGCCGCGAACGAUCAACUUGCCGAAGCUGUCAAGAGCCAUCCGGACCGGUUCGUGGGGUUUGCUGUCCUUCCUGUCUCCGACCCGGCAGCCUGCCCAGGCGAGUUAAGUCGUUGUAUCAGAGAACUCGGCUUCGUCGGCGCGUUAAUCGACAACCACGCCAGCAAAGACGGCUCCUCGCCCGUCUACUACGAUAACGCAGAAUACUUCCCCUUGUGGCAAACCGCCCAGGACCUCGACGUGCCAAUCUAUCUCCACCCCACCUGGCCGACCGACUCGAUGCUUGAUCUGCUCUACACGGGGCCGGACAUCCCGCUCGCGGCCUCGAAAUCCAUCUCCUCGUCCGGCUUCGGCUGGCACUCGGACGUGGCGACUCACAUCCUCCGGCUGUUCGCCGCGGGGCUCUUUGACCGUCUCCCUCAUUUGAAGAUCAUCAUCGGCCACAUGGGCGAGAUGCUCCCCUUCAUGCUCGAGCGCAUCUACCAGCUCUCGCCGCGGUGGGGCCCCCGACAACGCCCCUUCAACCAAGUCUGGGAUGAGAACGUGUGGAUCACGACGAGUGGUGACUGGAGCGUCAACCCCAUGGCUUGUAUUCUGCGUAACACCCGCGUCGAGCAUGUGCUGUAUAGCGUGGAUUACCCGUUCGCGCGGAACGAGGACGGCUUGAAGUUUAUGCACGAGCUGGAGGCCAGCGGACUGGUCACGCCCGAUCAGUUGGAAUUGAUUGCCUGUCGCAACGCCGAGAAGCUGUUGGGAGUCAAGCACAAAAGGCGAUGGGAUUGA